AUGUCCUCUGAACACAGUGCGACUCUGUCCCCGCCACCUACCAGUCCAAGAGUACGACGUCAACCAUCUGGGCGUCGGCGAGCAGGUUCUCAGCUGCCUCCGGCACCAUCACUUGAAACGCAUGAAGCUGCACUCAAGUCGAUCCGAGCGCACUUGAGGAGUCGGACGAACUACGAUUCCUUCCCAGUCAGUUACCGCAUCAUCGUUCUUGAUACAAAGCUAGAAGUAAGGAAGGCAUUGCAAUGCGUCGUUUCGGCCCCGCUGUGGAACAGCGAGAAGAGUCGCUUCGCUGGAAUGCUGACUGUGUCAGACAUCAUCCAUCUAAUACAAUAUUACUACCACACCGCAACAUACGAGUCAGCGGUCGCCGAUGUUGAGAACUUGCGCUUAGAGAAUUUGCGACAAAUCGAGACUCACCUCGGUGUAGCUCCCGUUCCUCUCAUUCGCGAGCAUCCUUCGAGCACCUUGUUUGCUGCCGCCAAGCGGUUGAUUGAGACUCACGCUCGUCGAUUGCCGCUCCUCGACGUAGACACUGAAACGGGACACGAAGUGAUUGUCUCUGUUUUAACGCAGUAUAGACUUCUCAAAUAUGUCGCGAUAAACUGCGCCAAAGACGUGCAGCAGCUCCAUAUGCCUCUGCGAAAGCUCAAGAUCGGUACAUACGUUAAUGCCUCGCCAAAUACGCCCGCUCAGGUACCAGAAGAGGGUGAACCUGAGAAGCCUCCAGAAAAUCCGUACUACCCCAUUGCAACUGCUACGAUGAGCACUCGUGUCUUCGACGUCGUCCACAUGUUUUCUGAGCGCGGCAUUUCCGCUGUCCCGAUCAUCGAUGAGAACGGCGUCGUUGUGAACUUGUAUGAGACGGUUGACGUUAUCACUCUUGUACGGCUGGGAGCGUACCAAUCGCUGGAUCUAACCAUCGCAGAAGCAUUAACCCAGCGCUCGCCUGAUUUUCCUGGGGUCGUUAUUUGCAAUGCUUCAGACUCGCUUGCAACCAUGCUGCAGCUCAUAAAGAAGAGACGGUUCCAUCGUCUCGUAGUGGUGGAGGGCGAGAAAGGACGGUUGCUGGGUAUCAUUACGCACAGCGACGUGCUUAAGUACAUUGUCGGUGAAGUAGGGAUCGGAGAAGCAAGCGAGGAGGGUGAGGCAGAGGAAUUGCGCUUUGAGUCAUAG